AUGGGAGCAUUAACAUUAGCUUUCUUCUUUCUUGUAGUGACUAACAUCCCUAUAGUAUUUGCUCAACAAAAAGAGAACAAAAUCAGCUUAGGCCUUUCUCUCUCUCCCAAUACCAAUAACUCAUAUUGGUUAUCAAACUCUGGCAAGUUUGCAUUUGGCUUCUACAAAAUACAAAACAAUGGCUUUGCAGUUGGAAUCUGGUUUGAGCAAAUUAAUCAGAAAACAAUCGUAUGGACAGCCAACCGGGAUAGCCCUCCAUUGUCCAUUGAUGAUACACUGCUUUUAAAUAGUGAAGGAAGACUUGUUUUGCUAGAUAAACAAGGCCUACAAAAGGUCAUCAUUGCCAAUUCCACUCAGAUUGUAGCCUCAGCUUCCAUGCUCGAUUCUGGUAAUUUCGUCCUCCACAACUCGAAUUCAACCAUCAUUUGGCAGAGUUUCGAUUAUCCUACGGAUACCCUUUUGCCAGGGCAGUCUCUUGUGGCUGGAAACCAGUUAGUCUCAGCUGUUUCCGAAACAAAUCGCUCCACUGGAAGAUUUCGGCUAUAUCUGCAGGCCAAUGGAGAUUUGGGGCAGUACCCGGCAAUCUAUCAAGGUGGAUCGUUACUGGAGCAGCAGUACUGGAGUUUAGAUACUGAAGGAGACAACUUAAGUCUGAAUCUUGAUUCUAAUGGCCAAUUAUACUUAGUCAAUUCUACAGGUCUUAAUGUAAAGAAUGUUAUUGAAUCUCGAAGCCUAGUUAUGUGUCGUUUGACAAUAGAUGCAGAUGGAAUACUUAGAUUGUACUCUCAUAAUUUGGUUAAGAACAGCAGUUGGUUAGCUGUUUGGAGUUCAACUAGCAAUAAGUGUGCUCCUAUUGGUUUAUGCGGCUUGAAUUCAUAUUGUGAGUUAGUUGAUCAAGAGCCUGUCUGUUUGUGUCUUCCUGGUUUAGAUUACAUCGAUCGGAGCCAGAAGACUUCAGGCUGCAAAAGGAAUUCAACAAUGGAUGACUGUGACAAAGCUGUUUCGGCAGUGGAAUUGGAUGGAAUGGAAUGGGAGCCGGACUCUUAUGCAGUCAUUCCCUUGGUGGACAAGGAAACUUGUGUAAAGAGCUGCUUGAGAGACUGCACCUGCCAAAUUGCUUUUUUUAAUAGCGAAGGGUGUUACAAAUACAAGUUUCCCUUGAGAUUUUCCAAAGUGGGGAGAAAAGGCUUUGAUACAACCAUCAUCAAGGUCCAUAAUGGAAGCUUCACUAAUGCAGGGACAGAUCAAGAAAGCAAACAAGGUGGAAGAAGGAAUAUCUUGAUCAUUGGCUUUGCUUGUUUAAGUUUUUCAUUAAGUUUCCUAUUAUUUUCUGUGUUCCUUCUUUGCAGAAACCGUUACCGACCUUAUGAUAAAGUUAUUCAUAAUACAAUGGCUGAUGAAGUACUCUCUCAGAGGUCAUUUACUUACCACGAACUCGAGCUUGCAACCAAUGGCUUUGCUGAAAAGUUGGGUCAGGGUGCUUUUGGGACGGUCUUCAAAGGAAUGUUGCCAUAUGGAGAGAGAGCCAUUGCUGUGAAAAGACUAGAGAAAUUUUCAGCAGAAGGAGAAGUUGAAUUUCUCAACGAAAUGAGGUCCAUAGGAAGAACUCACCAUCGAAACUUGCUUCGUUUGCUUGGCUUCUGCCAUGAAGGCCCCAACAGGAUGCUAGUAUAUGACUUCAUGACUAAUGGAUCUCUUGCAAACUUUCUCUACAAACCUGAGGUGAAGCCAAACUGGAAUGAAAGAGUUUGCAUAGCUAUGGGGGUAGCCAGAGGACUCUUAUAUCUUCAUGAAGAAUGUGAGAAUCAAAUCCUUCAUUGUGACAUAAAUCCCAACAACAUAUUGAUCGACGAAAACCGUUGUGCUAAGAUUGCAGAUUUUGGAUUGGCUAAGUUGUUGAUGCCUGAUCAAACAAGGACAAUGACUGGUAUUAAAGGAACAAGAGGAUUUGUUGCUCCAGAGUGGUACAAGAACAUGCCUAUUACAGCAAAAGCAGAUGUUUACAGCUUUGGAAUUGUUCUGUUGGUCAUCAUAUGUUGUCGCCCACAUGUUGCUGUGAAGGUGCCUGAGAAAGAAGCCAUCUUAGUAGACUGGGUUUAUGAGUGUUUCCAGGCUAAUGAAGUGGGAAAUCUGGUGCGAGAUGAAGAAGUGGACGAGCAUGAAGUCGAAAAAAUGGUGAAAAUUGGACUCUGGUGCGUCCAAGAAGAUCCAACAAUUCGUCCAGGAAUGAAGAAAGUGAUGGCCAUGUUUGAAGGGUCUGUGGACAUUCUUGUUCCUCCCAUUUUAACCUCUUACAGCAGUGCCUCACGCAUCUUAACUAGUUAA